AUUUCACUUCUUCCCAUCAUUACCUUGAAGUAUUGGAUGGCAGAAAGGGUAAUAAAAGUCAACAGCAGUACAACACACUACCAAAAGUGUAAAUAUGUAGAUACUCCACACACAUGCUUCCGUUCCUUGUCAUAGCUUAACUUAGAUGCAUGCCUUUCCAUGCUGCAUGGCAACAUUUCACCUCAAGACUUCACAAAGAAUGUAGGCACUGCUUUCGUUCAGUGAUGCAAAUGAUUGUGCUAUGGAGUAUUUUGCUGAUAGAUACUGGAUUACCCUUAACAUGAUGACAGCUCUGUUUUUAAUAUGGAAUCCAGCAGAGAGUGUCAAAGGUGAAGGUUCAUGUGUCCCCAAAGAAAUGACUGUGCCUAUUGGGUCAAAAGUCAACGUAACCUGCUCACUCGGAGAUCACAUGUCAUCAUGCCAGGUAGCCUUCUUUCGGGGUGAAAUGAUUGUUUCAUCAAAAAACAUUGUAACUUCUAAUUCAACAACAGUAGAAAUAAAGGCUGUUGCUGGUACUAACACAGUGGUUUGUAAAGAGAAGUGUGGACAGAGUACGAUGAAGCUGGUCUGUGGGAUUGACAUUUUUUCAGGCAACCCUCCAGAUGUACCUACAAACCUGCGUUGUAUUCAGUAUGGACAGUAUGGAAACGUUAUCUGCACCUGGGAAAAAGGAAGACACACACAUAUCAAAACAAAAUAUUACCUGUGGUUAAAAAACAACACACAUUCAUUACAUUUUAAAGAAGAAAAUAAAAAUAAUAUAUUUGGUUCUGCGCAUAUCUCUGAACAUCUGACUUAUGAAUCGAAUUAUACAGCUUGGGUAAAUGUCUCAAACAAGAUUGGAGAAGUAACGUCAGGAUAUUUCCAUUUCACACUCAGUGACAUAGUAAAACCAUAUCUUCCAAAUAUCUCAGAAAUUGAGAUCAACUGUACUUCAUUUACAAACUGCUCAAUAAACUGGAAACAUCAACAAGAGGCACAUCAUUAUAAAUUAAGAUAUCGAAUUUUUAACACCAGCAGCAGUUAUAUGGAAGAGGAGUUGAUUGAAAGUCCUCGAAAACAUGACCUGUAUAAUUUGAUGCCCUUCACAUGGUAUGAAUUCCAAACCUCUAGAAGAUUCCAGCGUGAAAAAGGCCUGUGGAGUGACUGGAGUAAUUCAUAUAUUACCAGAACACCAGAAGGAGUGCCAACAGGUAUGCUUGAUGUCUGGUGUGUACUGGAUUCUACUGACAAAACAUCUGCACUUCUUCUGUGGAAGACUAUGAAUUUGUCAGAAGCCAGAGGAAUAAUUUUAGGUUAUUAUGUGUCAUCAGAAGGAUUUACAUGGUGGACCAAUAAUACCUCGUAUGUCGUGUCCAUUUCCAAGUCACCUCAGAUAUAUGCUGUGUCAGCUUCAAACUCAGUAGGGAAUUCUAUGCCGUCAAACAUCAGCAUAGCCACAAAAAAUGUAUCAGAUUUUCCUGUACCAAGGAACGUCUCUUGCGAAUCCAGAGAAAACAGCAUUCAUGUGAAAUGGCAUUCUCCCACAAAAACUAACUUCUCUGUGACAGGUUAUGUAGUGGAAUGGGAAGAACUGCACAACCAAAAUAAAUUAGCUCGAUGGUGGAAAACACUUUCUGCUGAUGAUAAUUCUACAACAAUAUCAGACAAUAUAAGGCCUAGUAUAUGCUAUCGCAUUAAUGUUUAUGCUGUAACUCAUUGUGGAGCAGGGGUUGCUGUUACCACUCAAGGCUUUUCCAUGCAGAAAGCUCCUUUGUCAAGUCCUGUAGUAUCCUGUAAAGCUGUCGCCAUAGGAAUGGAAUACAGUAUUCUGCUUUCAUGGAAGGAAGUCCCACCGCAACAGCAAAUGGGUUGUAUUAUUCGUUAUAAAAUCUAUGUGAAGAAACAAACUGACGUACAUCCUCUAGUGUAUGGUGUAGAGCCAACUACAUUUGAAUUUCUGCUUGAUAAUGUGCUACCUAAAGAUGUUUAUUUGGUAACAGUGACCGCUUCAACUAAGGCCGGAGAAAGUCCAAAAGGAAAACAGGCUUUAUGCUUUACACAAGAAAAGCCUGCAGAUAUAUUUGAGGACUAUCUGAAAGUGGCAGUGAUUGCUACAUUUAUGUCUGCCGUGUUAUUAGCCUGUAUAUGCUUUAUGCAGUCACUGAGAGAAAGGGUACAGUCCACUUGCUACAACAUUUUACCGAUCUGGUGCAUGAGAGGUAUUCCAGACCCAGCCAAUUGCACUUGGGCAAAGGACAUAAAACAUGAAAUGAGGUUGAUAUAUAGUGCAUUUCCAAGUGAUUCCCUGUCUAGUAAUGACGAACCUGAGACUAUGGAAGUAGAAGAAAUAAGCGCUGAUGAAGGCUUUUUUGCUUGCAAUGAUACAGAAGAGACAAUCGUUUUUGAUCAUGAACCAAACAGUGACAAGACAGACUUUCAAGAAGGUGAAGUAAUAUAUUGGCAGAAAGCAGCCAGGGCAGAAAAUCAGCUAGAUUCUACAAACAGUGCAAUGGCAGAACAAAUUAUUUCAUAUAAACACCAGAUGCCGUAUACUUAUAAAUCUAUAAUGUCAGAGGAAAUGGCUCCAGAUCAAACUGCUAUGAAUAUAGGAAUUGCCAUGGAAUCCAUGAAUAUAACAGUUGAUUAUCUACCUUCAAACUUGUUGCCUGCAAUAGACAGUGCUGAGGAAGACUACCAGCCUACAUAUGACUCAUUGCCUGGUUUCUCUAUAAGUGCUUUUCCAGAUCCAAUGAGCCCUUGUAAAGGAACUCUUACUUUAGAUGCUGUAAAAAUUGAUUUCAGCUCUUUCCUGGAAUAGUACUCCAUUAAGGCUAUGCCGGCCCUUUUGCUUUAUAGACUGUAUGCCAAACUCUUUUAAAAAUCCUUACUGCAGGGAUGUAUUUAUUUAUUUUAUUGCCUGGCUAAUAAAACUGAUCCACAAUGGAUUUACAUUCAUGAUGUCUGUGGUUACAAGAAAGAUACAAGAAACAGAACUACUAAAGGACACAUAAGAUCAAAGACGCAUUAUUAUUACAUAAAAAUAUGCACAAAUGGUGUGCAAUGAAUAGUAAUAUGUGAGCACAUAUAGAUAAUGGCAUUAUAUGAUUUUAUGUAGUGUACAAAAUAUGAAGACAUAAUUAAAUGACAAGGACAAAAAGGUCUAGAUUAGUGCAAAAUUAAAAUAGUUGCUAUUAUAUGAACACUCCCAAUCAAAAAAUAGAG